UCCUUCUCGCAUCCCGGUCGCCCGGCCCGCGAGGAGGCAGCGGCGGCCGCAGGCGCCAGCAGAGCCGAGGCGGCGGAGCAUCGAGCUGAGGCGAGGCGGACCGGCAGGAGCGCGCGGCCGGGGCCACGCAUCUCCACACUUGCACAGCAACUCCCGCGCCUUGCACCCCCCUCGCCCAGAGACCCGGACUGGGGGCUCGGAGAGCCUCGGUGAAGCGAGCGGGAUCCAGCUCCGGAGCCCAGUCAGCUCCGUUCUGAACCUCCCGGGCGCUGGUUCCCCGCGGCGGGGUACCCGCUUCUGCGCUCCGGACGCGCCUCCCGGACAGCCGGGUCCCCGUGGCCAGGACAAAGCCAUGAAGCCGGCGCUGCUGGAAGUGAUGAGGAUGAACAGAAUUUGCCGGAUGGUGCUGGCCACUUGCUUGGGAUCCUUUAUCUUGGUCAUCUUCUAUUUCCAAAGUAUGUUGCACCCAGUCAUGCGGAGGAAUCCCUUCGGUAUGGACAUCUGCUGCCGGAAGGGCUCGCGAAGUCCCCUGCAGGAGCUCUACAACCCCAUCCAGCUGGAGCUGUCCAAUACUGCCAUCCUGCACCAGAUGAGACGGGACCAAGUGACAGACACCUGCCGGGCCAACAGCGCCAUGAGCCGAAAGCGUCGGGUGCUGACCCCCAAUGACCUGAAGCACCUGGUGGUGGACGAGGACCAUGAGCUCAUCUACUGUUACGUGCCCAAAGUGGCGUGUACCAACUGGAAGAGACUCAUGAUGGUCCUGAGCGGCCGGGGCAAGUACAGCGAUCCCAUGGAGAUCCCAGCCAACGAGGCCCACGUCUCGGCCAACCUGAAGACCCUCAACCAGUACAGCAUCCCAGAGAUCAACCACCGCUUGAAAAGCUACAUGAAGUUCCUGUUCGUGCGGGAGCCCUUCGAGAGGCUGGUGUCCGCCUACCGCAACAAGUUCACCCAGAAGUACAACACCUCCUUCCACAAGCGGUACGGCACCAAGAUCAUCCGCCGCCAGCGGAAGAACGCCACCCAGGAGGCGCUGCGCAAGGGGGACGACGUCAAGUUUGAGGAGUUUGUGGCCUACCUCAUCGACCCCCACACGCAGCGGGAGGAGCCCUUCAACGAGCACUGGCAGACGGUCUACUCCCUCUGCCACCCUUGCCACAUCCACUACGACCUCGUGGGCAAGUACGAGACGCUGGAGGAAGACUCCAACUACGUGCUGCAGCUGGCCGGGGUGAGCGGCUACCUGAAGUUCCCCGCCUACGCCAAGUCCACCAGAACUACCGACGAGAUGACCACGGAGUUCUUCCAGAACAUCAGCGCCGGGCACCAGACACAGCUCUACGAAGUCUACAAACUGGACUUUUUAAUGUUCAAUUACUCAGUGCCAAACUACCUGAAAUUGGAAUAAAGGGGCGUGGGGGGUGGUUGGGGGAGAGAGGGAGAGAAUCCUGCUUUUUAAUUUAAGAUUUUUUUAUUUGUCAAAAGAAUUCUAUGGAUACUGGGUUAUUUUGUAAGUUAAUAUGUCUCGGGGGGAAUGCUGCGAGCAGCAUGGCGAGAAUUAUUUAAAUCCUCCACGGGAAAAGACAGCUAUGUGUGCAGGGGAGCGGGGUGUCCUUGUGUUCUGGUGGAUUCCACAAACUGUGUGUUCCGUGAAGUCUAAUGAUUCUUAUUUAUAGUAAUUUAAACGUGAUCUCUGUAUAGGUUUCUUUCUGUGGCAGCAGACUGCUCGCGUCUUUCUAGAAGAGAAUAUGGUCUUUGCUUUGCUGGCUAUGGCUUGUUUAGGGGGUGUGAUUGUCUCCCCGCUAUCCUCUCCUGGAAUCCCAUGGUGACAGCAGCUGGGAUGUGUGGACGCCACCACCCAAGAAACCCCACUGGAAAUAAGUAAAUGGUCUUUGCACUAAGAAGUAGGGGCAGGAGCGGUUCACACAGAUUGCGGGAACUCCAAAGUCCCUUGCAGUAAAGAAAUGGAAAGUUUUUAACCCAAGGAGAGAGUGGAUGGUAGCAGUUUCUGUUCACCAAAAUUACCAAUCUGUAAGAAUAGGCUUCUUGUGGAAAUGUUAAACUGGCACUUUCCAGUUCUGUUACUUUAUAUUUGAUAAAUAUUUAUUGAGCAUCUACUAUUGUCCAGGCUUGCCUGCAGACAGAACAUUGAAUGACCCAGUAGCCUUGGCUCUCAGCAAGCUUUGUGUGAACACAGGGCAAACUGCUCAACAGUGAACCAGCCCCCCUACCCUCGCGGUCUUCACGUGGGGUUUGGACUAUUCUCAAGUGGCUCAGAGAGUCCGUGACCCCAACAAAUUUGCAUUUUUCUACAGCUCACAAAUUUAAAAACCACACAUUUGGGUCGGUCCACUUCACUAGCUGAGUGACCUAAGUUCAUCGCCCAACACAAGAAAUGGCAGAAACAUUUGAUCAUGUAUGUCUAGAUGCAGUUUCUGGAUAGCAGAGCCUGUAAGCCUCAGUCUUCUCCGGACAUGAAUGGAGGUGUGUUGAGAUCGAUUAGUGAUGUCUAUCUCGGGUAAGAGACGGUGAAGUGCCUCCUCCUGUGAUGGCCUGUCUACAUUUUCUGCCUGCCACUUAGAAGCAUGCACUGCACAUGUUUGGAGAUUUGCGAAAUCAGGCACGAUGGUCCGAGGUGGACUGUUGGCACCCACAGGCACAUGCACACCCUCCCAUGUACCUGCGUUGACAGAACAUCCAGGACAGCUGCCCAGGAUCUUAACCUGCGCCCCCUCUCCUCCAGAACGCUGGAAACCAGUGUUUCCUGUUCCUUGCUGACCAACACCCAGACCUAGUCCUCGUUUCUAGUCAUUUCUGAGGCUGCUCAGUUGACUCGGGAGCCACAAUCCUGGUACAGCCAGUGUCCGGGUGGUUGGCAGAUGCUGUAUAUACUAUUUCUCAUGAUUGGGGAGGGAGUAGGGUAUAAAUUUUGCUUUUGUGUUUUAUUUGGUUUCUUUGGCUUGUUUGUUUUUUGUUUUUGAUGCAGUGUAGAGUGAAGGGGUGAGAAUAUUCUGAAAAACAAAAUAAUGAAUAAUUUAUUCACAGAAACUAUUAAGAUGGUAUUGUCAGGCUCACAGCAAGCCUGGGAGCCGCCGUAGCUGCAGCUCUGUCUCACGGAGGAAAUUAUUUAAUGUGAGGGGAACGCGAGCCAGCUGGCGGCGGCCAUUUUUAAAACGCAGGUACCUUCCCAAUCUCUCUCCCCUCGCCUUUGAUAGAUAGAUUUCUGUCAUGCCUUUGACCAAGAGCGGUGACAGACUUUGGCCAUCCCUGUCCUCCAAAACUGACCUUCUGCUGAUAGGGCAUUCUGUGUGAUGUCGCUAAGGAGUGCUCCACAGAGCCCAGGCUCUAUAGGGUAUCAGUUUGGAGGGGUUUGUGGUCAUGUAUCCUUAGGAAACAAAAUUAAGUCAGGUUCCUCUCUGCAGGACUUUUCAGGGCCUUUCAUACAUACGUGGUCUGCCUCACGAAUCUGGGAGAAUGCAGCAUUUCUGAGCUGCAGGGCCCGGGGUCCCGUACGGCAGGUAUGUCUUAGCUGGCAUUUCACACAGUAGCCUUUGGUGAGGGUGGUCUAGCCCGUCUGAGGUCUGCAAGGAUUGACAACUGCCUCCUAGGUCCCUCCGCAGACAAACAAGCAGAAACAGCCACACAGCCUCUGUCUGGGAAGAGGAUGAAGUGAAUUAGGCUCUGCCCAAGUGGGAUGGCGCCAUCUGGAUGCUGCCCCCAGACAGUUAUCCUAUUCCUCCAAACACAGGGAGGGAAGUCUUGGCUGUGGUGGAGGGGAAGGUGGCAUAAGGACACAGAAACAGCCCCUGCUUCCUGGCCUUAAAGGCUACUUAGUGGGGACGAUGGCCUCGUGACAAACACUUCUCACUUCCACCCACAGUUUGGAACCGUGUGCUCCGGGGUUUUUAAAUGGCAAUUCGUGUUGGUUUUCGUGUUUUGCAUUUCUGUUUGUCUUUCAUCUGUGGUACAGUGCUGUGUGCAGACGGCCGUUACUCCGUCUCUCUCUCUGAAGGGAGAAAGAUCAUCUUUCAGGGGGACCUGUGUCUAUGGGAUGAGGGGCUCUCCUGUUUUGUGUUCGUGUUUUAUUUUCUAGUGACAUUUUUAAAAACAUGUAUUGGUUCAACUGUUUCAUAGAAGGUAGGAAGCAUUCUGUGUCCCUAGCCGAAGAUAUCCGUCGGUGUGCUUGGAAACCUAAGUGUUUUCUACAGGAAAACGUUGCAAAGACUUUCUCUUGCCUCUCAUGCUUAGCUAGGAAAAGGAGCUGCCGGCAUCCCGGCUCUGAGCCGGAGUCCUGUUCAAAGGCACAGCUGUGUUUUUAGGACCAGGUACAGCCGAGUAGAAUGACGAAGACAUUCCUGCUUAGCCUACCCCUUUAUUGGAAAUGUCUAGAAUAUCAGCCACAGGGGUCUCUGCCUGAAGCCUCUCCAGCGCCCCCCCCCCCUUUGCCCUUCUCAGCUGGUCUGGGAAGCAGGACAGCCCGUUGUCUGGGUCUCAGGACAAACCACCUGGUCCCAAGGGCAAGCCUUUCUCUCCUGCUCGUUCAGCCUGAAGGAGAACUGUGGCAACCAGAAGCUUCACUUUGGCCAGCCCUCCCGAGCACACAAGACUAGCCCAGGCUCCGAGAGAGCUCCGGGACAUUGUGCAAGGCCUGAAGACACUCAGCUCAGAUAACAGCUGCAUUACAACUCUGCUUCAACUGACAAAGCCACAGGGACUGUGCUCACUUUCCUACUCUCUUCCUCUGCCCAGACCUCCUCUGCACACACACACGUACACACGUGGAUGUGCACACACACACAUACACAGUCUAUGCACACACACACACACACACACACAAACACACACACCGCCCCAGCCUGUGCGCUCCUGGUACCCCACUCCCAUCGUGCCCACCUCGUCAGCAGGACUGACCCCGUCACUCCCCCAGGUUCUGCCCACCAGCAUCCCCGGCUUUUCCCCCACCACAGCUAACCCGACCCUCUGAAUAGGCAACAGGACCUUCUAGAACCAGCUGGACCCUGGGCCAGCAGCAGGCAAAUUUCGGUCUGCU